AUGCUUCUGAAUUGCGUAAUUAUUUGGACAUUAUUACAAUUCGUUCAAAAUUGUAUUGUAAGCUUAUCUUAUUAUCAUAGUUGAGAAAUCAAUUGUACUAAAAUUCCUAUAAUGUUUAAAAUUAACCGAAUAUCAUCCCUUUAGGAUUACUAUUUAAUGGAUCGUCUUUGCAAUUUAGCAUUACAAACAAUAAUAAUACAUAGGGAUACAAAAUUUAUUAAUCUGUUGAUCUAUUGCAAACUUAUGAUACUGUAUUGAAUGUUACUUAAGUUAUCGCGAGUUCCCAAUUUCCAAUAAUUACAAAUGCUCAAGUCUAAAUACAGAUUAUUUUUCUCACAUAAACAUAAUCAACUUAUUAGUUGUAUAUGACAACUUGGUAGUCCAGUUCAAUUAAUACUAAAUACUAGUUACUUGGUAAUCUUACAAAUCAAUAAAAUUGUAAUCGAGUGACUCAUUUGAAUUAAAAUUAUAUUGUCAUUUUAUGCAAGAAUUAAUUAGCAUCUUAUAAUAUGACGUCAAAUUCAAUAAUAUAUUCAUAAAUAAUAUGGCCAACAUUUACAAUUAAUUAUUAUUGGCUUAAAACAAUUAAUGAAGGUAAUAUUGUUAAGUAAUCUUUAGAUACUGUUUAUGUUUCCUUUUCUGACGGAUCCUCAAGUUUCACUUCUACUAGUUAUGUUAAUACUAAUGGUUAAUUUAUUAAGGUUAAUGUGACAAAUUAUGAUGGUAUUGUUACUGGAUUUGAUGUCUAUCCUGAUAAUGCCUAUUUUAUUCUUAGAAACUCUAUCCUAUCCUAUGUAAAUAAGAAUACUCAAAUCAACUGUAACAUAACAUUUAGUUCAUAAUCUUUCUUGAGUACCUUUUCAGGUCUAAAUAAAUUGGGUUAAGCACAUUUCUAUAUAGCUGUUAUUAAUUAAACAUUAUUAACUCAAUUUAUUUUCAAUGCUGAUAAUUCCUUAUUUAAUUAACCAUUUUAACAAUCCCUCCCUAUAAUUAAUUUAAGUCAAUAACCAUAACUCUAUAAUGAUUAAUAUUAUUUUGUCAUCUAAUAUGGAUCAUAUUAUGAGGUUUUUAAUGGAUAUGAGAACCAGUAAAUAGGUAUUUCUCCAUUAUACUACCAAUAAAUUCCCUAAAACUCAUUAAUAUUAUACAUCACUUAUUCAGAUUAAAUUUUGAUUCAGACUGUGAAUUAGUCAUCUCUGAAUCAAGUGAAUCAACCGAUUUUAGUAUUUGAAAAACCUAGAACAAAUAUCUAAUAAAACUUUACAUAUACAAUUAUGGCAACUGGUACUCUUUCAUCAAAUCAUAAUUGCUAUUAACAUUUUAUCUAAAAAUCAAUAUCUGCUGAAUUUAAUUAAGUUUAAUAGUAUUAGAAUUGUUCUAAAAUUAAUGUUAAUUUGUAGAAUCCUCAAAUUAAGCAAGUAGAUGUUGGAUAUUGUGCAUUAGGACCUAAUAUUACAUACCAAGCUGGUACCUUUGUGAAUAUUGAGGGAUUGGGGAUUGAUACAUAGAUAGGAUAAUUUGUGAUUUAGGUUGAUGAAUUAGAAUUGUUUUUUUAAGAGUUGGCUAUUUAUUAAAUUAAUGAAAUUUAUACAUUUUAGAGUAACCCUAGAGAAUUUACAUAUUUCACUUAUUUGAUUAAUCCAUUAAAUAGUAAAUAAUACAUAUAAUUAAUUUAAUUUAAUGAUUUUCAAGUGGAGUAUCAAAUUUGUGAUAAAUGGAUAUGUUAAAAUACAACUGUUAUUAAUUUGGAUUAUGAGGUAACAAUGUCAUAAAUAGGAGCUGACAUAAGUAAGAAAGAAGAUUUUGUGUUAUUGAUAACUAAUGCUGCAACAUCAUAUUAAUUAUGUAUUUAUCAAUUUUAGAACUUACAAUAAGUUGAUUUGUAAGUAUUGGAUGUGGCAGAGGAUUUGAAUAUUGAUCCAACAUUUUAAAUUUAACAAAUAAUGCUUUCAGGUCCUUAUUUAUAUAUAAUCAUUGAUAACCCAAAUUAAUUGGUUAUUUAUGAUAUUUACAACUUCAAUUUGGUUCAAUUUGAUGCUCCAAAUUUGUAACCACGAAAAUUGGAAUAAAAUUAUGCUUCUUAUGGAGAUAAUAUCUUUUUAGACAAUACAGUUAAUCUUAUUAUAUUCGAAAUGGUGAAUGGUUAAUUUACAAUUGGUGCUCAAAUACCAUAUCCUACUAAUGCAGAAAGUGUAGCAAUAGGAUUACUCUAAGCUGGUGUAUAUAUAGCUCUAUCGAGUAAUACAGGAUAGUCAUACUUGUACUAUUAUUCAAGACAAUUACUAUUCCAAAGUUUAAUUAAUCAAGAAUAUGUAAUUCAAAUUCCUUUGUACAAUGCUUAAUUUAUAUAGCCUAUGAUAAGUUCGUUUAGCUAAUAAUUCUUUUAUAUUUAAAUGAUUAUGCCUGACAGUAGCAUUUAACUUUGUAUUUUCAAAUCAGAUUAUUAUUUGCUUUAUCUUACAUAUUAUUUUAAGGAGCAAUUUAAUUCAAUUAGUGUGAUUUAAGUUGAUACUCUCUAAAAUUAUGAUUUAAUUGGGUUUUAAUCAGCCUAAGAAUUUACAAUCCUCUAAAAUUAUUGGUAGGUUUCUGUAAUUUUAAACUCAGAAUUUUUAGUACCUGGAAUUUAAUUACUGAAUGAUACAUAAAUAUUGUUGAUUUGUUCAAAUAAUUACUUAAAAGAUUAUGCCUUUUCAUUUCCAGUAUCAGUAAGCAAUGAAUAUUAUGACAUUUCAAGGAAAAAUGAAUCUUAUCCUACUGUAAAUUAAAUAGAAUAAAACUUUACCAUCAUGGUCGAUCCUCUGCAAUACUUUUAAGGAUCUAUUAUUAAUUAUAAUGUGAAAUCUAGAGGUAAAAACAAUGCCUUUAUAAGUUAAUUCAUCAUAGAUUAUUACUUUGAUUUUGAACCAACUAUAAAUAGUGCUACGUAUUCUCAACAAAGAGAAUUAAUAUUUGCAGUGAACAACGAAUAAGCAGUCCAAUAUGAUCUUUCAACUAAUUAAACUCUGCUAAUGUAUGAAUUCAACAACAAUCAAUACACAAAUUGUCCCUUUAUUUUUGUAGAAUACUAUCAAUAAUAACCAAUUUCAUUUUGUACUAAUAAUACUGACACCUAUGCAUACCUAAAUGGAUAAUAAAUAUUUUCCAUCAAAAGUCUUACAGGGACUGCAAUGCCUAAUUUAUUUAAUGGAUUUUAUUAGAAUUACAUAUUGAUAAUGGGAUUCUAAUAAAAUUCAUUGCCUAAUUGUUUAAUAAUUAAUACUUAUUAUGUAACUUGGGUGAAUUAGUUUACUAUGAAUUUAAUCGAAAAAACAGAGAAUUGUGUAUAUCAACUUUUUACAUUCACUAUGAUUAAUAUAAAUACAACCCCAACAAAUUUGAAAGCGAUUUAAUGCGCAGGUUGGAUUGGAAUCACAGAUGAUAUUUCUACCUUCCCAUUUCAUUAUAAUUGUUUCAACUUCUCAUAACCAAUUUAAUAAGUCAAUGUUUAUACUCCAAAAUAAUUGUUUAUUUAAUCCAUACUUUCCAAUUCAAUUCAAUUGAUUUAAAUAUCUUAAAUUGGAUCGCCUGUUAUUUAUUCCAAUUAUUCUGAAAUUACACUUUUAUUUGGAAGUCAAAAUAAUGCUUAUUCAUUUGUUGUACAAAUAUACGAAAAUAGUAUAGAAAUUGUAGAUAAAUUGUUAAUAUUCUAAUAAUUCAGUAAUCAAAAAGCUAUUCAAACUAUCAGUGGAUAUAAUAGCAAUGGUAAUUUGACGGUUAUCUCAAUGUUCUUGUAAAAAGUAGGGUCCUAAGUAUUUCAAACUCUUUGCAUAUAUCAACCAUUCAACUUUGAUUUUACAGGGAAACUCAGAGUAAUUGAAUUUCUAUUUUGUCGAACUCUCCAUUAUUCAUUACCAUAUACUUAAAAGUAUACACCCUUUUUAUAUUACUUGAUAAACAAUCUGGUAUUGACCAAUUAGCAUAUGCUUAUAAUUUCAUAAUAACUUUAAAUAACAGUUCAUGCUUUUCCUCAUACUGAAAGUAUUAUAUAUCUAAAUGCAUCAAAUUUUGAUUCAUUUCAAAAUCUGACCAUCAAUAUCAUUUAAAUUGAUUUAGAUCGUACUUAUGUUGGAUGGAUAGUGUUUUCCUUAUUAGUUGCACUCUCCAUAGCCAUUAUUUGGGGUUAUCAAUAUAUCAAAAAAUUACGUAACAUUAAUACUGAUACUGAAAAUUAUAUUGAAUUAUGA